AACCUUUUCUUGGUGAACUUCCCCCAUUCCUAAACUCAGAUAAAAAAAUCUGGCAGCUACAUGUGAAGCCCAAAACUCCAAGUUCUUUUCAACCCACAGACACUACUAGAUGGUUGAGGGUCUCCCAAAUGCUCAGUACUGAGACAGACACAGAGAGACACAAACCAGACUCCAUUCCUAACCAGACAAAACUUACAGACUAGUUGAGGACCGGUAGUAUAAGAUGCACAGAACAGUGUGGCAGAGGUAUAUCAAGCGCAGUAGGCAAAGGGCCAACCACUUCAUCUGGAAUGGUCUAUAGGCCAUGCAGAUACUCACAGAGGGGCAAGAUCAGGAUGCCCUGGAACCUCUCUUCAGGUGAAGGGUUUGUUUCAGAACCAACCUUGUAAUCCUCCCGGACCACACUACCUUCUUUUGGAUAAAGAACUGCCAGAUACUGUCCCACUCCUGCUACCUUGCCUCCUAAAUUUCUGCCUCAGUUCCAUUCAGCAAGUAUUCAGCGUGUAUCAACUGUGUGCAAGGUUUCCGGCUAAGAAUUCAAGCACAGGUAAUAUAUACCCCCUUGCCCUUGAGGAAUUCAUAAAGGGAAAAUCCACGAAUUAGUAAUUGCAUGUCUUAAGUGUCUGCAAUAAUGCUGGGUACAAAAAGCAUUGUGGAGAGGGUCUCUUCUUCUGCCUGGGAGAAACCAGAAUGGUUCCUAUCAUUUGCGCUGGAUCUUAAGAUUUGAAUCAGAUUUUGCCAGGUGGGAGAAGGAGGAAGAAGCACAGAAGCAGGAAAGAAGGGAACCAGCUUGAGAAAAAGAUCAGAAGACAUGGAGUCUACCGUGGAGGGGGGCAGGGGGGGGGUUGGGGUGGUGUGUCUGUGUUUGUGUGUGUGUGUGUGUCUGAGAGAAGAGGAAUGAUUUGCAGUCAUGGAUUUAUGUGGCUACAAGCCCUCAGCAGGAAAUAGACCCCUGCUAUCAAAAAGCAGGGGAGUUCCAGAAACUUCCACCUCUGCCUCUCUCUGUGCCCAGGAACAGGGAAGCAACAGGAUCACCCUGCCCCAGACCUCUGUCCCCAGGGCCUGCCACCUCCACUCCAUCAUCACGCCUCCUGCUUCUCCUAAUGAGGCUCGGAUUAGAGCGGCUCUCCGGGGCUGAGCUGCCUGGAACAACAGCAGGACAGUUAGAGGGUUCCCAUGCAGAUCAUUCACACACACCCCACAGGCCCUCAUAAACACGCACGCACACACACCAUGGACCCCCACACACACGCACACACACACCAUAGACACACACACACACCAUGGACCCUCCCUGAAAUCCAUGGUAACCAGACAGCAUGUCGGGUGUGUGUGUGAAGCCGAGAGUAGAAGGGGUUGAGCGUCUAGAACUUGAAGCCUGAAUCAGAAGCGGCUCAGCCGGGGCCUGCGGAGCAGGGAACUGGCGCAUGCGCGGCAGGACCAGAAGCGGCCGAGAGCGGGAGCAGGGCUUGCAGGGGCCACAGGCAACGACCAGAGACCAGAAGCGCUGGCGGUGCGGCCCGGGGGAGCGGGGCCGACUGCAGGGGAGAGGAAGGAGCAGUCACACCGCUUUCUUCUCAGGGAACAAGCGGUGCGGCAGUGGACGGGUGACGCCCCGCUGACUGGAGUGGGCCGGUGAAUCUGAACGCAGAGCCUCGGCUGUGGAGAAGGUUGAGGACCGCCCACCGCAUGCGCCGCCCACUUCCUGGGCACCUUCCGGGCUCCAGGACUCUCCACCUGCAGAGCCCUCUGUGUCUCUCCUCGUGCCAGAGGCUGCCGGGGGAUCAGGAACAGAUUUUGCUCUGGAGACAAGGUUCCUGGGCUGGGAAAGACCCCUCCAUUCCAGCUGGUGCCCAGGAACACUGCAAGCCAGGCUCUGCCCCUUGGGCCAGACUAUUAGCUCUGCCCCUUCAGGUAUAUUGCCAGGGCAGAGACGAGUUCUGCCAGGGCCAUCUGUUCUGAGGGCACAGAGACGCAUGGCCUCAGGACUUCUAGGGUGAGGCAAAGAAGGCAGCUGCUGCUGCCAAGUCAGCUGUAUCAUUGUAUCCGACUCUGUGCAACCCCAUAGACGGCAACCCACCAGGCUCCUCUGUCCCUGGGAUUUUCCAAGCAAGAACACUGGAGUGGGUUGCCGAUUUCCUUCUCCAAAAGAAGGCAUAUGAAUUAAGGAUUUAGGCCCUGACUCUGGCUCUGUGUGAUCUUGGGCAAGUCACCUCUCUUUGCUGGGCCUCUGACUCUCCACCUGUACUAUAAAAGAUUUGGAUUAAAUGAUCCUAAUGAUUAAUUAAUGAUCCUGAGACCCAUGCAGCUGGGAUUCAGUACAUGAUUAGCAGGAGGAAGCAGAGAGAGGCGCAUUAUGUAAGAACCUGGGCAAACCGUGUACACAGGCUGGCAGAAUCAGGAGGAGGGUGUCUGAGCUCCUUCCCACCACCUUCAGCAGGGGCUUGCCUAAGGCGCCAGGGAAAGAAGAGUGUCUCCCGAGAAGUGAGUCUUUGGUAAGGACCCCGGAGUGGGGAGAUUCUCCUCAGACACCUGAGGGCCCCACACGAUGCUUUCUGGUAUUUAUGAUCAGGAAAUGCUUUUCUAGGGCCCAGCCUUGUAGGUCCAGAGAGUUUCCUAUAUCUUCCUCUCCAUCAUUGUCUGAGAGCUUGAAGCUGGCUUUCAAAUUCUACUGUAUCCCCUGUCCAUCUCCUCUUUGAAUCUUUCUCCCUGUGGUGAUUUUUGUGCACUGAUAGUCCCAUAUUAGAGGUUCAGGUGGCAGGUAGUGGUGCUGGUCAGAGUACCUCAGCUGAGCCUCUUUAAAUAUUUGAAUUUCAUCUCUGAAACCAAAGCCGCCUCACUCUCAGGCUGGAGAAGACAGCGGGAAAGGUGAGCUCCAUCCCUCCACAAAGCCCCACGGCUGCCUUCUUGGAGAGCUCAGGAUCUGAGGGGUGGGUGUCCCCUGUAGGGGUGGUAGCCACUUGCCCCCUCAAAGAGAGUGGGCCAGGAAAAGAGACAGAUGGCAGACAGAGAGAGGAAAGGAUGAGGUGGGAGGUGGGAGGGGUCCGUGUGGGGCUGGGAGGGGAGGGCUGGGGGGAGGGAGAGAGAGAGUCUUUCCAACCAAGCAGAUGAGUGACGUGAGGGACCCGCUGAGGAAAGAGGAGAAGAAACGGCUGGGCGUCAGGAAAGAGAGAAGUCAUUGGCUUGACUCGCUCCCGCCCUCCCCAGGCAACCUUCUACCCAGGCCCCUCGGAGGGUCAAAACUUCUCCAUCAGAGUUCCUGCCUGUCUAGAAGCUGUGAGGCUCCAUUUGGAACCCAGAGUCCACAGGGACCCCCAUGAAGCUCCUGGCCUUACUGAGCCUUCUGAUCCUGAUGCUGCAGGAAGCAGGGACAGCAUCUCUCUCAAAGGAGGAGAGGGAAGAAGACCAGCCGUAUGGGGAAGGCGAUUCCUAUGCCGUUCUGCAUCUGGGGGACUAUGUCCUGAGCCUGGACAACUAUGAUGAGGUCAUUGAUCCAAGCAACUAUGACAAGCUCACAGACUACGGGGAUCAGCUCCCCCAGGUUAAAGGGACCGGCCUGGCUUCUCUCACCAGGACACGUUUUACUCAGAGCACAGAGGUUGCAAGGACACUCCCUUCAAACCCCACGAUGGGCAGGCCUCCAACACUAGGCCUGCUGGCUGCCCCGACCGACCUUGGCCUGCCAACCUGUCUGAUCUGCGUGUGCCUCGGUUCCUCUGUGUACUGUGACGACACGGACCUGGAGAACAUCCCUCCCCUUCCCCAGACGACUGCCUACUUAUACGCUCGGUUCAACCGCAUCAGCCAUAUUCGGGCUGGAGACUUCAAAGGGCUGACAAAACUGAAGAGGAUUGAUCUCUCUGGCAAUUCCAUCUCCUCCAUUGAUGACAAGGCCCUCCGCCUGCUGCCUGCUCUGCGGGAUCUGAUCCUCCCUGAGAACAAGCUCGCAGCACUGCCUGCGCUGCCCACCAGUAUCGAGGUCCUGGACGUCCGCAUGAAUCGGCUCCAGAGCUCAGGGAUACAGCCUGAAGCCUUCAGGGCACUGGAGAAGCUGCAGUUCCUCUACCUGGCCGAUAACCUGCUGGACGCCAUCCCCCGGUCCCUGCCCCUGAGCCUGCGCUCGCUACACCUGCAGAAUAACAUGAUAGAGACCAUGCAGAGCGACGUCUUCUGUGACGCCGAGGAGCACAGACACACCAGGAGGCAGCUGGAAGACGUCCGCCUGGACGGCAAUCCCAUCAACCUGAGCCUCUUCCCCAGCGCUUACUUCUGCCUGCCUCGGCUCCCCACUGGCCGCUUUGUCUAAGUCUGCCUGCCUCCUAAACAGCGACCUUUCAUCCAGGCGUUAGUCAGCCUCAAGAUCCAGUGGCAAAAACCCACUGCUUCCCCUCCCUCAACACACCCACACACACACACGCACACACAUGCGCAUGCACAUGCACAUGUGUGCACAUGCGUGCACACAUACACACAUGCACGCACGCAUGCACGCACACACACUGAAAUGUCCUCCAGGAGCCAAAUUUACAUCUCUCCAUCCUCUUUCCUUAACACCUUAUGGCUCCUGGAUCAAAGAACAGAGAUGUCUGCAGCAAAGCUCUUUCCCAUAUUCCACAUUCUUCCUACCCACACAGAAGGACAAAAGAAUCAUGUAAGAAGCAGAGGAGGAACAGAAAGAGAAGAGGAAGGGGAAUAAGCAGUCAUGUGCUGGAACCAGUUUUUACUACUAGGCUUGCAAGAACUGAUUAUUAAAUUUUCCAGAAUUUUUCAAGCCAGUUGUUAAAUGCAGUCAUUAUUAAAAACUAAAUCAUAUAAGCUCACAAUUAAAUAUUUUAUGUUGAAAACAAAUGCAAUAAAUACUCAAACUCA